CCAGCUGAGGCUCCAGCACAUCUGUCUGUCCCAUGCAUAUCUGGGCAGCCGGUGUUGGAGCAUGAACAGCUCCCAGGCGGGUCCAGCGGCCCGGGCCGCCUGGCUGAGCUGCUGUAACCAGUCUGGGCCGCUGUUGGAGCCCUCCGAGGGACCACGCGCAGUGCAGGCAGUGGUGCUGGGCGUGCUGUCGCUGCUUGUGCUGUGUGGGGUCCUGUUCCUGGGUGGCGACCUGCUGCUCCGAGCCCAGGGCCUGACAGCGCUGCUGGCCCGUGAGCGGCAAGCGUCCCGCGAAGCUGAGACCGGUGGCAGCACAGGCGAUGAUGUAUCCUAGGUGUUGGGCAGUGCCAGAGGAUCCCAGCCCCUUCCGCGCUUCCAGAGCCACAGAGCAUGCCCACCACUGCUGCUGAGCUGGGGGCCCUUCCCGACACUCUUGUGCCCUGCACAGAACCACCAGGUACUGAGGCCCAAGCCAGAGAGCCAGCACUGCCUUUGCACAGGAGGCCCAGGAGAGUCAGGCCAGGAGGGCAAGUAGCCCAGCCGAGCGCUUCAGUGGGCCCCCCUCCUCUCUUGGAAGCCUUUUCCCUGGAAGGGGGUUUAAAUUCCUGAGCCUUGCAUGGUCUUCUGAGAACCGUCCUUCCAGCUGCCGCACCAGGGAACCCCUGCCACCUUCAACCCAUUUGCAUCGCAGAUGAUAGCCUGGGAGACACCUGAACUGUGAGGAUUCCUCAUCCUGAGAUCCACCCAGGAUACUAAAAAGUAGCUGCUGGUGUGGGAGUAGGAAAUCUGAGCUGCCAGGAGCGAAUGAGUCUGCUUGGUGACUGCUACAUGGUCUGAGCACUGAAGUGGCCACAUACCCUGGGAGCUUGGUGCAGGACACAGUGGCUGUGCCCCAGGUCUCUGCCGACAUGUGCAUAGCCUCUGUCCUGCCGGAUGCAGAAGAGCAUGGUCUGAUAGACCUGUCCCUUCUGGGGGUCAUUGUCACCCAUUUGGAGACAUAGGGCACCCCAGCAAUCUAGCAAGGUCCCAUCACUUUAUGUGGCUUGUUAUUAAAUAUGCUGAUCAUUCAAGUUUCAGGUAUUCAGUUUGU